UUUGUAAGCAGGGCUCAGCCACUCCAAAACAGGUCUCUCUCUCUCUGAAUCUGCGCAGCGUCGAAACUUAACGCCACGCACCGGCGUGCUUUAUUACAGGCCUGCGGUCGCCGAAAGGGCCGCUGUCCGACACCCUUGGACCUGGAUUUAGUUACAGGGCGGUAGAAAGACAAAGGGAGGUAGAAAAUAAGAGGGACAAGACAAGUGGAGGGGACAUAAAAUCAAGUCAGCUUUCAGGAGUUGAAGCUAGGCGGUGGAGGAGGACAAGGCGUCUUCGUUGGACUGUGACGUUCUAGAGGUCCGACCUCCAAAGAGGGGGCGACAGUGUUUUAUAGGUCCUAACGCUGACUGAUAACUGCAUCAUGUGGACUGGUCAGCAAGUUGAAGAAAGCACAAGCCCGUUGAACCCGACGCACACAGUGGUUCCGCGGCCAGGCCGCCACAGAAGGCCCAUGACGGCCCCAAAGACUCAGAAAGAGAAGGCGUCUAAGAGGAAGAAGGUGUUGUUGACCGUGUUGGCAGUCGUGGUGCUGCUGGGGAUAUUGGUCACCGCCGUGUACUUUAUUAAGCAGCUGAUAGACAGCAAGUACUUCUUCUGCACCCGCUCGUUUAAGUUCAUCCCGUUGGAUAAAGCCUGUGAUGGAACGGACCAUUGUGCAGGAGGAGAAGAUGAAAAAACUUGUUUGUCAAGCUUCAAAGUCAACACUACCUUUCCAGUGCGUCUCAUGACCCGCCAGAGCGUCCUGCAGGUGUACAAUCCCAGCUCAGGGUGGAGGAGCGUGUGCAGCGAAGGCUGGACCCAGCGGCACACGCAGACGGCGUGCACACAGCUGGGUUACACAGACGACCCUCGCAGCACCAAGAUCCAAGUGAACACCUUGUUAGCUAACCUGAGAUCUGGACCGUUCGCUGCGCUCAGGUCGGCGGUGGCGGCCAGCACUCCUGUUGAUCGGGCAACAGUCGACCGGAGAGUAUGCACAUCCGGAGCGGUGGUUUCCUUGUCCUGUUCAGACUGUGGCCAGGUGGGCCAGAAUCGUAUUGUUGGGGGUACGGAUGCAAACAUUGAGGACUGGCCGUGGCAGGUGAGCCUACAGCAGGGAGGCCAGCACACAUGCGGGGGCUCACUGGUGUCCCCACGCUGGGUCGUCACCGCGGCACACUGCUUUGCCGGCGGUAAGAAGGAGCUGAGCCGCUGGAAAGUGUUGUCAGGCCGGACCUACAUGGGCACCCUGGGAGGUUCUUCUGUGGACAGGAUCAUACUGAAUGGAGACUACAAUCCUGCCCGGAAUGAUUACGACAUAGCACUCAUGAGACUCACCAGCCCCAUCAAAGUGGGAGUGAGUCAGAAGCCUGUUUGUAUUCCUCCAAAAGCCUUCGGCCUCACUGCUUCAGCCCCACUGGUGGUGACUGGUUGGGGCUACCUGGAAGAAAAUGGAAACAUUUCUCCAUCGCUGCAGAAGGCCAACAUCCCUCUGAUAGAAAGGGCCAAGUGUUCCAGUCCCGCCGUGUACGGCAGCUCCAUCACUGACAGGAUGAUCUGUGCCGGUUUCCUGGAGGGGAAAGUGGACGCAUGUCAAGGCGAUAGUGGCGGUCCGUUGGUCUACUUCACCUCAUCCAGUUGGUAUCUGGUUGGGGUGGUGAGCUGGGGUGUGGGUUGUGCCAGGGAGAGACGUCCGGGCGUCUACUGCAAUGUGGAGGAGAUGCUCAACUGGAUACACACCGUCAUUGAGAAAAACCCAUGAGGAACCAAAACUGCAAGACGAUGCUGCAAAUUGAAGCUGUGCUUUUUCCACUAAAGAACCAUAUGAAAAAGGAAUUCACAUUUACAUAUACAUUUGUACUUAUUUCAGUUUGGUUUCAUUCAUCCUAUCCCAGGGCACAAGUGAGUGGACGUUAUAUGUCACUGAGGGAACUGAGGUGUUCGUAGCAGGCCAAGAGAGAACAAUGCAAAUGAAUAAUAUAUUGUGCCAGCAUCCGGCAUCAUUUGUUUACUUGCAAUCAACAUGGGGAAGCUGGCACUGUAUAUUUAUUAUUAUUAUGGUUGCAAGCAUUGAUGUGGAAGUCAUCAAUAAUGGAUAAACAGAUUGUUUUACAGCACAAAACAAUGAUUCUAAUAAGCACUUUAAGUUAAAAAAAAUAAAGCUAGAAUUGCUUGACAUUACUGUUUGUGUAAAUUAUUCAAGCAAACUGAAUGUACUAAAGUCUCAACUUGCAAAUUGUGUAUAUAACAUUGGUAAUACAUUCUUUACAUUUUGUAUUUGCUGAAUGUCUGUGAGUGCGCAGACCUCACAGCUAGGAGACCAGGGUUCGGUCCCCGCCCUCGGCCAUCUCUGUGUGGAGUUUGCAUGUUCUCCCCGUGCAUGCGUGGGUUUUCUCCGGGUACUCCGGUUUCCUCCCACAUUCCAAAAACAUGCUAGGUUAAUUGGCCACUCCAAAUUGUCCAUAGGUAUGAAUGUGAGUGUGAAUGGUUGUUUGUCUAUAUGUGCCCUGUGAUUGGCUGGCGACCAGUCCAGGGUGUACCCCGCCUCUCGCCCGAAGACAGCUGGGAUAGGCCCCAGCACCCCCCGCGACCCUCGUGAGGAAAAAGCGGUAGAAAAUGAAUGAAUGAAUGAAUGUCUGUGCACAUUUUCAGUUUUGAAGAAUUGUUCAAUUUAUGGGUUUAAGAAAGUGAUGGUAGUAAAUAAGUUAGGAAACAUGAUGAUAAUCUAAGAUAGUAAAUUGUGAUCACACAUUAUUUUAUUGUAUAUAUCUUAGAGUUGUUUUUGUAAAUAAUAAACACACAUUUGCCAAAUAAUGUCUAAUA